UGCUGUCUUUUUUUAGGCACAACGAGAGAAAAUACUUCAACCGAAACAACAUUAACGGAUGUACCACCUACCCCUAAGAACAUUUUUACAGAUUCCACCGAGAGAGGAACGUCAGAAGAAAUUGUAACCAAAGUAUCAGAAACAACUCUUGAAGAUAGAUCUACUGUUACAGAGGUACCUUCAACUCAAACAGAGCAGGAAGCAACGACUAAAAGAAUCGUAACUGAAGGAAAAACAUCAAAAAUCACAAAUCGUAUAUCUACUGCUUCUGAAAUCAUUCCAACAAUAAUUCCCGAAACAACAACCCAUUUAGAUAAAAAUAAAGAUAAUGUAAUAAAUGAAAACCCAGAUUAUGAUUGCGCUGAAACUGAUGGAUUGUUUGCUCAUGAGAAACACUGCAAUUAUUAUUACACUUGCAAAAACAAUAAGGCAGUUCUAAAAGAAUGCCCUCAAGGUCAAGCUUUUGAUAGUCACAGGGAACGCUGCGAAGAUUGGUACUUGGUACAUUGUGGAAACAGACUUCGACCUGAUGAACUUGAUCAUACGUUUGAUGAUUUCCAAAGCACUUAUGAAGAUAGAAGAACUUCUACUCCUUAUCCAUUCACUAGAACUACUCCAGGCAGUACCACAGAAACACCGUUUGUGUGUCCAACAGAAAACGGAAUUUAUCCACACGAAACAAACUGUGGGAAAUACCAUGUGUGCAAAGGUGGAGUGGUCGAAACUAAACUGUGUCCAGAUAAGGAACUUUUCAAUUUAGAACAAAAUAAAUGCAUCGACGAAGAAGAAACUACCUGUGGAAAACGUAUACACCCUAAAGAUGAUCGAAACAACAAAGUUGUGGAAGAAGAAUCUGAAUUCAAUUGCACCAAUCGGCAUGGCUGCUUCACACAUGAGCGGAUGUGCAAGUGGUACUAUUAUUGCCAUGAUAAUAGAUCAGAAGUGAGAGAAUGUUCUGGAGACAGGUACUUCGACUCUGAGAGAAAUAAAUGCUUGGAAUGGUGGAUGGUUGUCUGUGACAAAAGAAUAACUGACCCAGAAACAACGAAAGAACCAACUGGAACAGUUACAUCCGACGAUGAAAACGAUUCUACGAGAUCUACUCAUGAUGAAAACAAAGGAACGGGUGUUACUGAUGACGGAAGGGAAGGAACAGGAGCCACUGAUGACGGAAGGAAAGGAACAGGCGUUACUGAUGACGGAAGGAAAGGAACAGGGGCCACUGAUGACGGAAGAAAGGGAACAGGAGGUACUGAUGACGGAAGGGAAGGAACAGGAGUCACUGAUGACGGGAGAAAGGGAACAGGUGGUACUGAUGACGGAAGGGAAGGAACAAGAGUCACUGAUGACGGAAGAAAGGGAACAGGUGUUACUGAUGACGGAAGGGAAGGAACAGGAGCCACUGAUGACGGAAGGAAAGGAACAAGCGUUACUGAUGACGGAAGGGAAGGAACAGGAGCCACUGAUGAUGGAAGGAAAGGAACAGGAGGUACUGAUGACGGAAGGGAAGGAACAGGAGUCACUGAUGACGGAAGAAAGGGAACAGGUGGUACUGAUGACGGAAGGGAAGGAACAAGAGUCACUGAUGACGGAAGAAAGGGAACAGGUGUUACUGAUGACGGAAGGGAAGGAACAGGAGCCACUGAUGACGGAAGGAAAGGAACAGGAGCCACUGAUGACGGAAGAAAGGGAACAGGAGGUACUGAUGACGGAAGGGAAGGAACAAGAGUCACUGAUGACGGGAGAAAGGGAACAGGUGUUACUGAUGACGGAAGGGAAGGAACAGGAGCCACUGAUGACGGAAGGAAAGGAACAGGCGUUACUGAUGACGGAAAGGAAGGAACAGGAGCCACUGAUGACGGAAGGGAAGGAACAGGAGUCACUGAUGACGGAAGAAAGGGAACAGGUGGUACUGAUGACGGAAGGAAAGGAACAAGUGUCACUGAUGACGGAAGAAAAGGAACAGGUGUUACUGAUGACGGAAGGGAAGGAACAGGAGCCACUGAUGACGGAAGAAAGGGAACAGGAGGUACUGAUGACGGAAGGGAAGGAACAGGAGUCACUGAUGACGGGAGAAAGGGAACAGGUGGUACUGAUGACGGAAGGGAAGGAACAAGAGUCACUGAUGACGGAAGAAAGGGAACAGGUGUUACUGAUGACGGAAGGGAAGGAACAGGCGCCACUGAUGACGGAAAGAAAGGAACAGGCGUUACUGAUGACGGAAGGGAAGGAACAGGAGCGACAGAUGACGGAAGGGAAGGAACAGGAGCCACCGAUGACGGAAGAAAGGGAACAGGCGUUACUGAUGACGGAAGGGAAGGGACAGGAGUCACUGAUGACGGAAGAAAGGGAACAGGCGUAACUGAUGACGGAAGAAAGGGAACAGGUGUAACUGAUGACGGAGAGGAAGGAACAGGAGUCACUGAUGACGGAAGGAAAGGAACAGGAGCCACCGAUGACGGAAGAAAGGGAACGGGUGUUACUGAUGACGGAAGGGAAGGAACAGGUGUUACUGAUGGUGGAAGGGAAGGAACAGGAGCCACUGAUGACGGAAAGGGAACAGGUGUAACUGAUGACGGAAGAAAGGGAACAGGUGGUACUGAUGACGGAAGGGAAGAGACAGGAGUCACUGAUGGCGGAAGGAAAGGAACAGGUGUUACAGAUGACGGAAGGGAAGGAACAGGAGCCACCGACGACGGAAGAAAGGGAACCGGUUUUACUGAUGACGAAAGGAAAGGAACAGGAGUCACUGAUGACGGAAGGAAAGGAACAGGAGUCACUGAUGACACUGGAACAGGCGUUACAGAUGGCGGAAGGGAAGGAACAGGAGCCACCGACGACGGAAGAAAGGGAACGGGUGUUACUGAUGACGGAAGGGAAGGAACAAGAGUCACUGAUGACGGAAGGGAAGGAACAGGAGCCACUGAUGGCGGAAGAAAGGGAACAGGUGUUACUGAUGACGGGAGGGAAGGAACAGGAGCCACUGAUGACGGAAAGAAAGGAACAGGCAUUACUGAUGACGGGAGAAAAGGGACAGGAGCCACUGAUGACAGGGAAGGAAAAAUUUCAACUCCAAAGUAUACAGCUUCAACUGACAAAAAUUCUGAAAAGUCAUCUGUUUCACCUUUCACCGUCGUCACCCCAAUAGAAUGCAAUGACGAGGAUGAGAGUUACCCGCAUGAGGAAGAUUGUGAACUUUAUACUCAGUGCAAAGAUGGUGUGGCAAGCCUCAUGAAGUGUCCUGAAGGCACUGUUUUCGAUCGAAUGGUCAAAAAAUGUUAUCGAGAAGACUGGGUAGAUUGUGAUUCUAGAAAAAGGCCAGUAUUUUCAACAAUUACUGGAGUAAGUACAACAACAGAAAAGCCAAUUAAAGAUGAGUGUAAAGAAGAAGAUGGGGACUUCCACCAUCCCAAAGAUUGCAGAUUGUAUUACACUUGCAAAGACGGUGAAUUCCAAGAGAAUGAAUGCCCCAGCGGUACACUUUUUGACAACGUCAUGAGAAUUUGCUUCGAGGAAGACAAAGUAAACUGUGGCGAUAGAUACCGGCCACCGAAAACAACUGAAACACCAGAUGAGUGUGACGAGUGGUUGCGAACGUUAACAACUCCAAUUCACAACAGCACUGAUGAAGGUACGGUUGUAUAAUUUUAAUGUUAAUAGCAUGUAUUUAAUCAGGAAGUUACUUAAAAUAUUUCUCAGGGAAAAUACUUCC